AUUCCAUUCACCUCUUUUGAAAAGUGGAUUAACACAUUACAUCCCUGGCCCUCUCAAUGGCUGACUCUCCCGGCUCCCCUCUCUCCUCUCUUGCUUCAGAGGAGUUUGCAGAGGACAUGAAGUUUGACGACCAUCCUCACUCUCCUGUCUCUACGCCACAAAUGCCUCCUUCAAAGCGCCGUCGAACUGGGAUCUCCUCUUGGGAUCGCCAUACCCCUAUCUCAUCAGUUCACGAAGAUAUACCCCCAGCAUCCCCUUCUACCUCGAUCUCUUCCGAUAGCUCCGGGGAGCUGCCAAACUCGCCUCUGACACUUGCCCUUAUCGGCGGCGGCGUUGAAGACGACUACAGUGGCCAGGGGAAGGACCAAGUCACCGUUUGCCAAUGGGAAGGAUGUGAUGCGAAUGAUCUAGGGAACAUGGAUGCGCUUGUAAAACAUAUACAUGAAGAUCACAUCGGAUCUCGACAAAAGAAAUACCUAUGUGAAUGGAGCGAUUGUGCGCGGAAAGGCCAGACUCAUGCCAGCGGAUACGCAUUGCGAGCGCACGUGAGGAGUCAUACCAAGGAGAAGCCUUUCUAUUGCACUCUGCCAGAAUGCGAUCGUAGCUUCACGCGUUCGGAUGCCCUUACAAAGCACAUGCGAACGGUUCAUGAAACAGAUACACUUCGCCCUACAGAUACCACUGCAAAAGGGGCCAGUGGAACUGCUACGGGCGCAACUAGAACACCCCGAAUCAAACUAAAACUCACCCAGCCAGCUAAAGACGGUAACAUUAGCAACGAUGGAGACAAAAGCGAUAUAACGAAAGAUUCCGACCAAACAACAACCCCGUAUCUGAGCGCAGAAUUAGGCUUCGACGAACAUGAGCUGUCCCUUCCCCCUGAGCAGCUGUGUCAUCUCCUGCGUCGCCAGCUCCACUGGGCGGAUCAUGAAGCCGCCCAGCUAAAGCACGACUGGGAAAUAAUUGAACCAAUGCGAAAGGAGUCAUGGAGCAAUAAAGAACUCAUCUUCGAGGACGUUAUACAUGCUGAACUUCGAGUGUCCAAGUCCGCUAUCUCAGCAGAGGACCUUGCUAUUCCUCCGGGGACGAACGGGGCGCUGCCAAUGAACGAAGCGUCAUUGUCAGUGAUUGCGAGCAAAGGACCCCAAGUAUCGAGAUCGAAUGAACCUCCUGGGUCACAUAGGCUCGAUAUAUGA